AUGGUUAAGGCUGUGGAAUGUACUGUUGCUACAGGUGCCGAUGUAGAGGCAAACUAUGUGAGUAAUCAGGAGGCUUCCAAGGCAAUAUCCAAGGGAACCAAGGCCGACCCAGGUAUAUUCACUAUUCCUUGCAAGGUUGGGUCUCUGGAUGUUGCAAAGGCAUUAUGUGAUUUGGGUGCCAGCGUGAAUCUGAUGCCACUUGCUGUAUGUAAGAAGCUGGGUUUAGAAGAUCCAACACCUGCUAACAUGCGACUGGUGAUGGCAAAUAGGUCAAUAAAGCAGCAUGUUGGAAUUUUGCAUGAUGUGUUGGUGAAAAUAGCAGACUUUAUUCUUCCUACUAAUUUUGUAGUACUAGAUUGUGAUGUGGACUUUAAGGUACCCAUUAUCUUGGGAAGGCCACUCUUGGCAAUAGGAAGAGUAAUAGUUGAUAUGAAGUUGAAUGAGCUCAAGUUUAGGCUCGGUAUAAAGGAGGCAAAAUUCAAAAUGCAUCAGCCCAUGUCACACCAAAAUGAUAUGAAUGUCUUCUCAAUCGUUGAUGUUUUCUAUGAGGAUGAAAAAGAGGUAUCAACAGGUUGUCAUGGCAAAUUUUGA